UUUGAAUAAGUCGCUCGAGUUAUAACUUAUCUCUUUAAUAUCAGACCUAAAACAUUUCAGUUUCUCUCUACAUCCAUGGCCAUCACUGCCACCACCGCCACCUCUGCCAUUACCGAUUUUUCCGAUUCAAUCUAUGCUUCCUAGAUUGAAAUUCAGACCCUACACACAAACUUUUUCAACAAACCUAAUUUCGUCGAUUCCAUAUGAUUCAGUUAUCCUAAAUCCGUAGUGGAAUUCUUAAUACAAAGCGUACAAAUCACGUGUUGUUGAAGAGCAACUAUGAGGAAAUGAUCGAAAACAUAAUCACCAGCCGAAAUCAGAAGAUUCAAUUAUCAAAAACGAAUGAAAAGAUAGGAUUUCAUCUUUUCAUUGAGAUUUUUCUGUAAUGUUUUCAAAAUCGAUUUCAGAAAAAAUCUUUUAUGGUUCUUAAAAACCCUAAUUUCAUCGAUUGCAUCUUGAAAUCUUUAUUCAAAGCUGGAUGUGAUUCCAGAUCUGUAACGACCAAAUCCCGAUCUAUCUUUUGAGAUGAAACUAUCGAAGACUUAAAAUUUCAUCUUCAUUGAUUUCAUUUUCAUGAAAUUUCAAUUUUCUGAUCUCUUACUAAGCUUAUACCUUUGCUGGAUUAAUUAUCUGAUAUAAUCAAAUCUCUUUUAGUUACUCAUAACAUGAACGCUAAUACGAUAUGAUUUGUGCAACGGAAAUGGGAUGUCUAACUGAAAACAUUGUUGUCACCCAUCAAGUGGCAGCAACUAGGUGGAGGUUGUUAGUAGUAAAGGGUGUUCUAAAUUGAUUGUUGAUUUUUCAUCUUCAUUGAAUGCAUUGAGGAACUUGAAAUUGAUUGAAUCCAUGUCUUCUGUGCCUUCACCAGCUCCAUCUGAAUGUGUUACUGGACUAUCCAAAGCCAGAAAACAAGUUAUGAAUGCAACGGAAAAGUUUGGGGGUCAAUACAGUCCUAAUCUGCAUCCACAGUGCACUCAUCUGGUUGUUCAGUCGUACAAAUAUGAGCAUGCUUUGAAGCAUGGAUUGAGAAAUGGCCUAUUAGUUGUUACAUUGGGAUGGUUUGUAGAUAGUGUUAGAAGGAAUGGUGAGUGCGGUGUUGUUAAGGUCUAUCUAAUUCCAUUUCACUUCAGUAAUUCCUGUCUAGCUUUGUGGAAGAGCAUACAUGUGGGAUUGAUGUCCAUUUAACAACGAAAGAGUGUGCUUCUUGCAGCUAGGUUGAGUGAAUCACUUUAUGCUGUUAAAAAUGUGAUCGAAAAUGUUGCACAAUUAGACUUCAACCGAGUUGUUGGAUCCAAUGGCAGUGAGAAAUUCUGUCUCCCUGUUGGGGUGCAUGAAGUUACCAGGCAAUCUAGAAUAAGUGAGCAUCCCCAGUUGCAGCUUGCUGGAAAAGAAGCCAAUAGGAGUAAAGAAUCAGUAUUUGCUGGCCAAUUCAUGUAUCUUGAUUCUGAACUUUCAGCGGAGAUGAAACGCAAGGUACAGUGAUAGACCCCAAUCACAUUAGCAAUUUCCCGAGUUGAAAUUUGAAGCUUUCACUCGAGAGUUGUGUUCUCUCAGUAUUGUAUUUGCUUUUCUACUUUCACCUCUUUGGAGAUUUUUUUACAAUGGAAAACAUAUCGUUGAUUCAAUGGAAAAUAUUAGAUAUAUAAAGAAUUUGUGGUGGAUAAACAUCCACUAUUGA